AUGCCGCUUACUAGGUCACAAAAGGAUGAUCCCUCACGUACCGGUUCCUGUCCCUCAGAUAAGGACACGACAGGUGAAAUGUCGGGAUCAGAAUGGGUCAAGUGUGCGUCAGUAUCAGCAUCAUCAGGAACAACAACCACGUCGGAUUCAAACACUUCUAAGGGAACUACGACCACAGAGGUCACCACCACGACAGAGACCACGGUUGCAACUGCCACCACGGUGGCGUCCGAGAAGAACAGACAGAAGAAUGAAGCCGCACAGAAGAAGACGACCAAGAAGACUCGAGAGAAUAUUCCACACAAGGGCUUUCAUGGCUCUACCACAACCCUAAGCCAAAGGGUGUCGGUCGCCGUGCCAGGUCCAUGA